AUGGCAGCGUCCAGUGUUGAUGCCACGUCCGACUCAGAACUUGAAGCAUUAAAACACUUAACUGAUGCCGCAGACAUUGAAAAGGCCCUUGAAAAACUAAAUAAGCAAGAAGAUGAUGUUAACACAGAGCUUGGAUUUCUGCUGGAAAAACAGGCCCACCUGGAAGACAAAAUGGUUUCCUUACACCGCACCCUCCCGAACCUACAGAAGUUGGAGACAGACUCAAAGCAGCUUUCAAGUAUGGUGUCGUUCACAUCCACCCUGGCUGAAAACGUCAGCAGUAAAGUCAGACAACUUGAUCUUGCCAAGAGUCGGGUGACAUCUUGUAUAGAGCGAGUGGAAGACAUACUGGAUCUAAAAUACUGCACUGACGGUGUUCAACAGGCCUUACAGAAUGAAGACUAUGAAAAGGCUGCAAGUCAUAUACACCGAUUCAGAAAUCUGGAUGAAAAUGUUCUUAGAAUGAGUGAUAUAGCAAGUGAAGGCAGUUCUUUGGACACUUCGUUCAGACUUCUGCAUGAGUCAGAGGAGAAACUGCGAGUGAUCGUGAGCAACAAGUUUGAUGCCUCUGUUCACUCAGGGGAUGUUGCAUCCAUCCAGCGGUUCUUCAAAAUAUUCCCUCUCCUCGGACAACAUGAAGAGGGUCUCACAAAGUUUGGAAAAUACCUGGCUGCAAAGCUUUCAGAUGAAGCGGACAAAACACUGCGGUUGGCCCUGCACGGUACAGACCCAGAUGACAAGAGAGCCAAAGUGCUGUUUGCUGACACUAUCACUAAACUGUUCGAGCAGAUUGCUAAAGCACUUGAAAUCCACCAGGCACUCGUUGAAUCCUACUAUGGGCAUGGCCAAUUGUUUACACUUGUGAAAAUCCUACAAAAAGAAUGCGAUAGACGAACUAGAAAGAUAAUUGAGCAGUUCAAAAAUAAACGAGACUUUGAUUUGCGGGUACAACAGGUGCAGCAGUGUUUGAUGUUCCAUAAACAGCCAGCAACAGAAAAACCAGACAGCAAAAACUUAGAUGUAUUAUUAUCCGAGGUUGUGCUACUUAAUACAAGGGCAGAUUUGUACCUGAGAUUUGUCAAGAGAAGAUUAGUAAGCGAUUUUGAAAGUGCAUUUGAGGAUGAAGCAAAAAGAAAAGAGAAGUGUGAUGAGGUUGAGGGUUUUAUCCAGAACUGUGAUACGAGCCGUCUGAUGCAGGAGCUGAUAUGUUCCUAUAUCACCAUGGAGGAGUUCUUUAUGCGGGAGAUGGUUCUCAAGGCUGUUGUCAUGGACUCCAUAGAAUCAGGAUCUCAUACAUCCAGUAUGGUGGAUGAUGCGUUUUUCAUUGUGAAGAAAUGUGUCAGGCGUGCAAUGUCGAGCUCCAGUGUUGAUGGGGUGUGUGCAAUGUUGAAUCAUGCGUGUACAAUACUGGAGCAGGACUUCCGGGAGGUGUUGUUUGGGCGUGUAAGAGCGGGGUUCCCCUCGGGCUUUGACUUGUCACAGGCGUACAACAUGGUUCAGUCUAGUAUACAGCAGGGGAAACUACAGGCUUCCGACACGGAGAAGGCCAAAACACAGUUCAUAACAACUGUUAACAAUGCAGAAGUUAGCUGUGAUUACUGUAAACAGUUAAAAACAAGUUUAGAGGAUGAAGUUUCCAAGUUUUAUUCACAGGGCUCACAACAAAGUAAAAAUAAAUUAGAGAGUUGUUUAUCGGACAUUGGUUCAGCAGCAGCCAAGUUCAAGGAUGUUGUGGAGUUUGGUUUCUCGCAGCUGACGACAGCGGUGAUAAAGCCCAGGAUCAAACCUCAGAUAGAUAUCUUCCUCUCCGUAUCACAUAACAUCACCGAGGAUGAUUAUUCCAACUUUGAGGCCAAUGAUCCCUGGGUGCAGAACUUCAUUGUAGCAGUAGAUACAGUACUAGGAAAUUUCAAGGAAUCUCUGACUAGCAACAACUACGAGAAGUUUGUUAGUUUAAUCAUGAAUGAAAUCACAACAACUCUGGAGAAGGCAGUACUGAAAACUUCUUUCAACAGGCUGGGUGGUCUUCAGUUUGAUAAGGAGUUACGGCAGCUGACGGGCUACCUCACAUCAGUGACCACAUGGACAAUACGAGACAAGUUUGCCCGCUUAACACAAAUGGCUACUAUUCUAAACUUGGAAAGGGUUGAUGAGCUGCUGGACUAUUGGGGGCCCAACUCUGGCCCCAUGACCUGGAGACUGACCCCUUCAGAGGUCAGGCAGGUCCUCAGUCUCAGGAUUGACUUCAGAACAGAUGACAUCAAGCGGUUGAAAUUGUGAUACUUCAGGGAGUUAGAUGAUUUAAACAUUCCACAUGUUCCAAAAACAAACACUCUAUCACACAUACAUGAUGUACACAGGUACAUUUUGAGCCAGAGUUUCAAAGCAGGGGUCAUCUCAUAGGCUGGUAUAUGUGACUGUACUCAACAUGCCCAGGGGUCAUCUCAUACUAGGCUGACAUUUGUGACUGUACUCAACAUGCCAAGGGUAUCAACAUACCAAGAGGGGUCAUCUCAUACUAGGCUGACAUUUGUGACUUCUUAACAUGCCGAGGGAGCCUACUAUAGAUGAUAAUGGUGUUAACAGAGUUGGGUGUUUGCUACAAGAACUCUUGGUGUAUUAUUUAGUGAAAUCCAGCAUCCAGUAUAUGUCCAUGCAAAAUAGGCAUUGUUUCAUGAGAAAUGGACCCCCAUAGAAAGUGGUGCUUGAACUAUAACUCAAACUAUUGAAAUUGUGCACUUCGAUGUUUGAUUCUUCAGUUCCGGACCAAUUUAUUUGUUAAAAAGAACUGGUUGUGCACAUUUUAUUUAUUUCAAUUUUGUCCCUUUUAUUUGUUACAACCAAAUAUGUUUCGAAUGCUUGAUUGAAUUACUUGACAAAACAGAACAAGUGAAUGAGAAGUAUUUUAUUAAUAUUAUUAUUUUAGUCAGGGGCCAUAUUCAAUAAGCAUCUUGUGAAUAUUUCCAACUUGGUGAGAAUUUUUGACAUCAAUUAUUUGAAAUACCCGCUACUUUUCCUCAGAUUUAUUCAUAUGCAUAUAUUGUUUAGACAAUUUUCUUGCCUUUUUUCUUAUUUUUGGUGUAAAACAUUUGUUCGUUUUUUUUAAAAUUAUAAUUAGAAAUAAAGGAAAUUCUUCACAAAGUUGAAAAUUGUUACUAAGAUGCUUAUUGAAUACGGCACCAGAUCAUUUGGGCUGUGUAUGCUUAUUCAUGAUUUUAAAAUAGGAGAAAAAAAUGCUUUAAAUAUGUUCAACUAUUCCAGGAUUGAGAAAAAUUGCUAUGCAACAAUAUUUUUUUAAAGCUUUUGGUGUCUGUUAAUGUUCAUACCUCUGAAAUAGAUUGUAGUUACACAAACAUCUUUGAUAAUAAAUAUUGAACUGUUGCUAUACUCUACAAAGGCUGCUAUAUCAUAAUUAGAUGGAAUGUCAAAUUUAUAUGUAAGUGAACAUAUUGAUGUUAUACUUUUACUAAUAGACCCUAUUUAUGACAUAAUUGGUUUGUGAUUGAAAAUGAAAUGUAGCAUUAUUAAAAUAUUGCUGUUACAUGUGAACUGCACAAAAAAAUGUAUGUAAACAUUACUGAGAUACUGUGAUAUACUGUAAAUAGUAGGUGUUUCAUUGAAUUAUUGCAUAUGAGGGCUACUUACAUUACUCUAUAAAGUGAGCGUGUGUUCAUGUUAUUUAUUGCUGUAUUAUGUUAAUGUAUUUUAAAAACAAAUACCCAUUCAGUUAUAUUGGGUAAAAAUACUUGUCUUAUUAAAAGGGACCAUAUAUAAUAUCUCUAUUUUAUAUAUAAGAAUUCUGUUGAACUACAUGCAUUCUUGUGUUUACAAGAGUUUACUCAUAUAUUUAGCACAUACAAAGAAUAGCUUGUUGAAAAACUGAACAAUAAACAAAUGUUAAUAUUGUAUACUGGCAGAAAAAAGAAUCUGUGCAUGACAGAAAUGUGGUUAGGGCUAUUCCAGUAAAACAUAUAACCCACGGGGCGAAGGCAUUUGUUUAAAUAGUGUAUGGGUUGGUGUCUGUUUUUGCUAAUUUGGACUCCGAAAGGGUAAAUUUGCUUUGUAGGGGGGAGGUAUAUUUUAAGUGCCUUUCCCCGGGGGUUAUAUGUUUAAAUGGAAUAGCCCUUAAAAUAUCUUGAAGCUUUUCGAUGGUUAUAUGAUGUUUACUGACAUAAAUGUAAAUGUUCAAUACAGAGAGGUACUACGUCAAAUGUGCAACAUCUAUUAAAACGCUAUUUUUGGGGUUAUUUGAACUUAUUUCAGAGCUGGUAUAUUCUGCAAGCACAGCUCCUUUUUCAGCUUAUGUGUGUUAGCUCCUGUUAAAAGUUAAAUUUUGAAAAAUAAUACAAUUACUCUUUUUGAAAUAUAUUGGGAUGUUUGGUUGGAAAUUCUAUGAAGGUUUUGUAUUUAUUUUUAAGAUUGUUGUCGAAAUAAGCAACAUCUGAUAUCUGGUUAUUUAUUUUUCAUAUCAAAUAUGAAAAUAAAAUUAAAAUACGUAAAAACAA